AUGGCAGCGCCUGAAUUAAUCGAACAGCAUGGGCUGCGGAUAGCAGUCGAGGGUUGCGGUCACGGAGUGCUGCAUGAGAUCUAUGCAUCAGUCGCGAAAUCAUGCGAGAUCAAGGGCUGGCCUGACGUGGAUCUUCUGAUCAUCGGUGGAGACUUUCAGGCUGUUCGAAAUGCCUCAGAUCUCAAGGCAGUAUCAAUGCCUUCGAAAUACUACGCCAUGCACGACUUCCAUGAGUACUACUCAGGUGCACGCCUCGCCCCAUAUCUCACCAUAUUCAUUGGGGGCAAUCACGAAGCGAGCAAUUACAUGUGGGAGCUCUUCUAUGGCGGGUGGGCUGCACCAAAGAUAUACUACAUGGGUGCAGCCAAUGUGAUACGACUAGGUCCGCUGCGUAUCGCUGGUCUGUCCGGUAUCUGGAAAGGUUACAACUACAAGAAGCCUCACUACGAACGCCUGCCUUAUAACAACGACGAGGUGAAGAGUAUCUAUCAUGUUCGGGAGCUUGAAGUGCGCAAGCUUCUCCAAGUACGAACGCAAGUUGAUAUCGGACUGAGCCACGACUGGCCACGGGGCAUGGAAUGGAAAGGCAACUUCCGACAACUUUUCAAAUGGAAGCCCGACUUUGAACAAGAGGCAAAAGACGGUACCUUGGGAAGUGUCGCUGCCAAAACAGUUUUGGAACGCUUACGACCACCUCACUGGUUUAGUGCUCACAUGCAUGCCAAGUUUCCUGCUAUAUGGGAGCACGUGGACAUUUCGAACAACACAGAGCAAAGCAACCAUACAGAAGGUGCGCCUGCAGCAGUAGUGAACGCAAGUGAGAUUGAUCUCGAUGUGACAGAUGCGGAUGUGUCAGCACCAAAAAAUGAGGCCGAAAUCGACCUUGACAUGGAUGAAGACGAAGCUCCCGCCGCACCCGCCGUGGAGGACAAGGAGAAAGGCAAGCCUACGACGACCGAAAGUGAGUCCGAGAUACCGCAGGACAUUCGAAGUCUCUUGCCGGAAUCUUUUUCGCGUCCGAAACUCGAGCCCGCACCGACGUUACCCUUCCCCAAGGACAUCACGAAUAAGACUACCAAAUUUCUUGCACUGGACAAGUGUUUGCCUAAACGGAACUUCUUACAGCUACUGGAGAUUGAGCCACACGCGCCUGGCGAGAUACAGCGUCCGUUGGGGUUGCAAUAUGACAAGGAAUGGCUAGCUAUCACCCGCGUGUUUGCUGAUCAUGUGCAGAUUGGCGACCCGCAUUUCCAAAUACCUCGAGACAAAGGAGAUGCUUUCUACCGCCCACUUAUCGAGAAGGAAAUGGAGUGGGUUGAGGAGAACAUAGUCAAGGCCAACAAGAUGAUGGUGCCGGAAGAUUUUGCGCAAACGGCGCCUACGUAUGAUGCAGCAUUGGGCAUUCAUGUGCAAGAGCAACCGAGUGAGUACACCAACCCGCACACCCAAGGAUUUUGCGAUCUAGUGCAGAUUCCAAACGUGUUUCAUGCGUCGGAGGAAGAGCGGGCACAGUUAGCAUCAUGCGGACCAAGGCCGGAACAGCAGCGGGCAAACCGAGGGGGAGGUCGAGGUGGGGGCAGAGGCGGCUGGGGAAAGAGAGGCGGUGGGCGCGGCCAAGGGCAUGGAGGGCGUGGACGGGGCGGAAGAGGCGGACGUGGUCGGGGAGGGUGGUGA